UAUAAUGUCGGACAAUACUACGCAUUUUAUAUUUACAAUGGUUUUAAUAACCUGUUUGUUUUUGUUCUUGGUGUUCAAACUGUUAUAGGAAAGGAUUAUUACAAAGAUCAUUUUGAAAAUUGCAUAUGUACGGAUUAUGAAGUGGAAUGUCAUUAUGAGAAAAAACUGUCUGGAGAUAUUACAAAAUUGCUUCAUUAUAUCAAAGACGAUGUGACUUCUAUUACCAUUACUGACAGCAAUCUACAAAAAUUACCGGCCAAUACGUUUGGUUCGUGCAGACAUGAUAUGUCUCUGGAAUUACUCAGUUUAAAAACUGUGGAUUUGUCAAAUAAUAACAUUUCAACAAUUCACAGGAAGACCUUCCAUUGUUUUCCUAACUUAGAAACUCUUAUAUUGAAGAACAAUAAUUGGAAAAUUUCCAACAUGCCGUUUGACACAAAUUACUUUGCCAGUCUUCCCUCUCUGAAAUAUUUAGACUUGACGAACACGUUCUAUGGAGACUGGGACGACGAUCUCCAGGUCGUUCCACUGGCAAGAAUAUUUGGCGACUCGGAUUAUAUUUCGCUAGAAACUCUGGAGCUUAGUAACAACAAACAGUUACUGUUCACGGAUUCAUUCUUAUCCACAAACGUUCUGUGCCACAUGCCAGCCCUUAAGGCAUUGAACCUUGACAAUAAUGAUCUCCAUUAUGCUUUAUUACCAAUGGAAACAGGUUGCUUGGAUAGUCUUGAAAUGAUUGAUUACUCUUACAAUCAGAUACAAGCACUUUCUGUAGAGUUUAUGAACAAACUUGAACAACUGCAGAAUCUUCGGUUUGUAAAACUUGACCACAAUCCAUUUGUAUGCGACUGCAGACUUAUAACCACUUACAAGUGGUUAAACGAAACCACCGUUCCAGUUAAUAAAAGUGAGUUAAACUGCACGGCAGAUGAAAUAAUUCCGCGGAUCUACUACAAACCAAUCAUUGAUCUGUCCAUGUCAGACCUCGUGUGUUUGGACUCUGAGCUCAACAGCGCCCUUUCAGCAGAAUAUAACAUCGCAUUUCUUAUUUUGUUUGCUGUAUGUUCAGUGUUGUUCAAAUAGACGCACACUCGAUUAUAAUGCUUCGAAAAAUUACUGUUGGAGAUAUUUGAUAUAUGAUUGUACACAAUGUAAAAGAACUAAUUAUUAAUAACAUAUGAUAUGAUGAUCAUAGUGAAAUGUCUGUUUUAUAUUGAUUGACAGCUAUUUUAUGGCCGAUGAUUAAUUUUAACAUAUUUUAUUCCAGAAAAUACGUGUACAUUAAUGAUAUACAUACAUUUAUUCAAGUUUUAUAUACAUACAUUCAACUUUGUACAUUGUGCAAAUGCUCUAGAAGGACGGACAUCAAAUCUCAUAUAGUUCUUAUCCAAAACAGAUAUUUUUUCUAUAUUUUUUUUAAUUCUUUUUUAUGGAAUGGUAUAUAAUUUCUGAUUUACUGGUACAUGCCCUUUUGCUUUAAAUUAGAAAUAUAUCUUCUGAAUGAUUUAAAUUAUUUUAGACACUUUAUUGAUAAUAAGCAAAAUCUAAUGUAGAAUAACUCUCUUUUUGUCAUGUUUAUAUUGUUGCUCUAUGGCAUUUAUGAUUUUAGACUAAAUGUAUCUUUUUAACAAAUACAAAUAUUUAGUGUCAGUAAAAAGGCCAAAGUCUUCGGACUGAAAUAAUAUGAAGUAAGAUUUCAUUAAUUAGUAGAAUAUUUGUUUUCAUACCUUUGUGCUAACUAUACCAAGAUAACAUUUAAUGAAUGAAUGAUUAUUGUGUUGUAAAUAUUGACUUGAUGUCUUUGACGAUUUGGUGUGUUAUUUGCUAAGGGAAUUUAUUUGACUGCCGAAUGUAGAAAACGAUCUGUUGUUGUUGCUGUUAUUGUUGUUUGUUGUUGGUUUUUAUUAAUAUAGUGGUUGUCUUUGUAGUUUAAUCCAGAAGUCACACAUUACUAUAUCACCUAAUAGUGACUUAGAUCUAUUAUCAAACGGCGCUAAGGUCGUUGACUUCAAAACACUUGCCACUCACCGUUGUGAGUUCGAAUACCGACAGGGACUUAGAUUUUCUGCAUGUGAUGAAUCUAUCAUGUUAGUUAAGGGAACGUCGGUGGUUCUAAUCAUUUGCCCGUUCUUACCUGAAUGAAUGCAUGGAAUGGCAACUCUCCCUGCACCAGUAAAGCUGGACAAUAGCUAUAAUUAUAUGACCUACACUGUGUUGUUGUUGCGAAGUAAAACCCAACAACAACAAAAAUGACGCUUGCAUAUUACGUUGUUUGACCUUUAUUCUUCAUUAUUCUUUAUUUCAGUAUAUCAAUCAGUGCAUUAUAAUUUAUAAAUUGUAAGGGAUAUGUUUUGGAUUGGUAAUAUAAAACGGUAUCUUUUGCAGUUUGCAGGUCUAUAAGGACCACCAUUUUACUAUUAACGCAUGCAUCCUCUAUUAUAUAAAAGUGAUCUGUCCGUCAACAACAAUUAUCAAUCAUGCUGAAAUAAUUGUGAUCCAUUGAAAAACAAUAUAUGUCCGCUUCAAAAUGAUUGAUACAAUAUUUAUAAAUGAUAAACAUGUUAUAGAUUUGUAAUAGAAAAAAGUAACAAAGAUCCUCUUUUCCUAAAAAAAAGUAACAAAGAUCUUUCUUUUUUGUAACAAUAAAUGAUACUACAUAUAGAUGCUUUUACCUACAAGCAGAUUAAAUGUAAAAGAUACGAUUACCCAUCAUAAUUAAAGAUAAUCCUUACACCCUUGUGUUUAUAAAACCCUUGUCGGUGUGAAUAACAGACCAUAAAUCAAAAUACGUGGUAGUUUAGUAUCAUCUAUUCUUUAUUGGUAGUCACAAAAAUGACAGUGACUAAAUCCUUUACAUAUCAAUUCACUGUCAAUUUGUAUAGCUAAUUGAAUCUUAUUAAAUAUUUUAUAUAUCAUUAACAGUUAUACUAGAUAAUAAUUUAUUAAUUUAA